AUGCUCGCACAGAGUCCUGCCUCCGUCCGAAAGGGCACCAAGAGCUGCACCGAAUGUAGACGACGCAAAGUUCGCUGCGUUCGAAUCCCUGAGGAUGCCGCAACAUGUCGUCAGUGCACAGAGCGCAAUACAGCCUGUGUCGCUCAGACAUCGAGUGGCCGGUCGCGACAGGCGCAGCGUCUGCCCUCGCGGUACCGGAUCGCGCAGCUAGAAUCUCAGGUUAGCAGACUAACCAAGAUUGUCAACAACAUUGAGGUCAAACUCGGGGGUGUUGUAUCGACUCAGGUUGACCGAACGACUACACACUCACCCGGUUCCGACGAUUCUGGUGCAGAAUCAACCGCGUCGGAAAUGCUUAUUGCAGAAGAGCCUUCCCAUUUACGCUCAUUGUUUCAAAACGAGUGGUUGAGUGUUGAUACGCAUCGGCGCAACGAGCAGCAGCAGGAACGGCGGGUGAAGGCCUCUGCUCACCUCAUGGAAAGCCUGCGACCAUCAUUGCAAAAGUUGAUUCCGACCAAAGAGGACACAGUAGAAAUGUUGUCUUGCUCCUACGACUGGUUACAGAUGAUGCACUCUAUGCUUCCCCAGCCGUCCCAAUUCAAUUCGAAUCAGGAGGUAAUUGAGGAUUAUGAAGAGAUGUGCCGACAAGAUGUUGGUGUUAUACGUUUGGCUUCGUGGCUAUUAACAGUAGCGAUCACGGCUCAACAAGUUCCCGAAGGGGCUAAGACGCCAGAGGCCCAGGCGGAAAGCUACCAAAAGAGAAUUGAGUUUUCCCGUACCGUCUCGGACAUUGUUGAAAACUUCAUUAUGACCCAUGAUAGAUUAGUUGGAACGCUCGAAGGUUUGGGAAUGACUAUACACUUUAUUCGGCUGCAAAUGGGACGAGGUAAUCCCCAGAAAGCCUGGCUUAGGCUGCGGCAUCUUAUCGCCCUUGCUGAGCUCAUGGGCUUGCCCAAGGCGGCACAACUAGCCCGCAUCAAAAAGGCCAAUGGAGUCGGGGACCAAACUCUUCAGGAUGAAAAGGUCCAGCUCUGGGAGUUAAUCUGUACAGUCGAUCGGCUGGCCGGAAUGCUGAUCAAUUUACCGCCAUACACAAGACGAUAUCCGGUUCGGAAUCCCGAUCCUCUUCUAGUUGGCGGUGUUGUUCAACCCGCGAUAUAUAUGAUUCGUCUAGUGGAUAUCACGCCUAAAAUCUACGACCUAGAAGACCUCAGCGUUUCACAAGGGUCGACCACAAAACUUUACACCUCGGCGCUGGAAAUUGCUCGCGAGGCAAGGGAUCUUGCUUCCCAGACUCCAAAAUCUUGGUGGGCCAUCAGUAUGGACGAUGACUUGAAACCUGAUCAUAUUGUUCAAUUUAUGCACUACUGUAUUGUCAUGAAGGCCCACCUUCCAGUCGCCCUCCGGCAAGAUCAAAGUGAAGAGUAUCUCUACAGCCGCUUAGCCUGUAUGGAUGCUUGUGAGUCCAUUGCACAACGAUACCAAUUCCUCCGACGGAAGCUUCCAUCGGGAUUCUUUACUCUGCGAUUGCUUGAUCUCCAGGCCUUCGCAGCUAUGGUGUCCCUGCUCCUCACGGCUCAUUCCUGCCCCUCCACCGAUAACCGUAGCUUCCAGAUUGACAAGGCCCGCCUCGAAGGCGUAGUGGAGGGGGUGAUUGAGCUAAUGGAAGAAAAGUCAAAAGAUGGAGCUGGCUCUGGGUUUGCAGAGCAUGGAGCCACUUCACUUCGUGCUCUACGUAAUCUUUUGCAACAAGAGGACAGUAACACCGAAUCUAUCCGCGAGUUGACGGUCGUUGUGCCUCUCCUGGGAAAGAUCCAUGUCCGGCGUAACCUUCCCACAAUCCAACCCCCUAUACCCCAUGGUCAGGCAACCUCAAACGUGGUGCCCCAAUCAACCAGCUGGUUUCCCCAGGAGCAAAUGGUACCAGCCACAUAUAACCCACAACCAAAUACGAGUACCUACAUGCAGGACGCCUUAAUGUCCGGUAAUGGGAGGCCGGAUAUGCCCUGGGGGGACUUCUCGUGGUCCAUUGAAGAUGUUGGUAACAAUCUCCUAGACGAUGCCCUGAUGGCGGACACCUUCGGCCAAACGGCGUUAUGGCAGAAUGCUGGAUAUUAUAACAUACCCCUCAGUUGA